UUGAGUAGCUGUGCGCGCGUGGGCGCAUGCGUCUCUCCCUCUGUGCGGGUGUGUCUGUACAUGUGUUUUCUUGCGUGUGCACGAUGUCAACGAUGCGAGAAUGAAAUAUUUGGACAGCUUCCCAUAGAGAAACAUCGCUACGUAAAGAGCGGCCCAGUGGAGCCGUUUCGCAGCCGAGCAAGUAAGCCUCUGACCACCCGCCAGGCGGCAGUAGCGAUGUCCACUGCCACUUCACCUAAAAGGUAGACAGCUUAUCAUACGACCACCAGGUUGCGUCCGCGGGUCCCGUUUCGAUAGAGACGUUGAUGUUGCGCCGGUCAUGUGCCGCUGGUUACGCCCACCACACUACGCUUUUCAACACGUCUCCUCGCUUUUGCGGCCGAGAAUGUUGCCCCUCAGUGGCCGAAGCCAGCACAACCGCUGCAGGCUUUUCCCUGGAUUCCCGUCCAAGCGCCUGAUCCUGCCGCGGUGCCAGAGCGCGUCGAUGAGCAGUACCCGGCAUACGAAUGGCCCGCCCAGCAGCAGGGGGCAAACCAGGAGCCGCGCUUCACAGUUAAUCAGUCUGCCGGCGUCGUCUGCCAGGAGCCCGACGCCGCUUACCUCGAGGUUGCAUGGUGGCCGAUGCAAGAGCAGCAGCGAUCUUACCAAAAAGAGACCUUGUCUCAGCCGGACGCGAACGAGCCGAAGAAUUACGUCCGGGCCUGCAUGCUGGUCGCCCUCUUUCUGCUUAACGCGAGCAUCGUGGUAUCCAUCAUCGUGCUGCUCUUGAGCGACGUCGUGUUUUCCUGGACGUCGGCGUUGUCGACGGACGCGACGGUCACCGAGGAGACCACGUACAAGGUUUACAUCGGAUCGCCACCCGGGCGGCACCGGCCGCA